UACAACCGGCGGGGCGAGCGCGGGGGCCGCACGCCGACCCCCGCCGCGGGGCUCCAGGGAUCCGGGAGCGGCGGGCGGCCGUCGGGGAUGUCCUACAAGCCCAUCGCUCCCGCCCCCGCUACCCCCGGAGCCGCCAGCGCCAGCCCCGCCCCGCCGGGGCCCGGGGCACCGUCCGCCGCCACGAGUGUCCCGUCGCCCUCCGGUUCUGUCCCUGGCGCCGCCGCCCCUUUCCGGCCGCUCUUCAAUGACUUCGGGCCGCCGUCCAUGGGCUACGUGCAGGCCAUGAAGCCCCCCGGGGCGCAAGGCUCGCAGAGCACCUAUACGGACCUGCUCUCGGUCAUCGAGGAGAUGGGGAAGGAGAUCCGGCCCACCUACGCCGGCAGCAAGAGCGCCAUGGAGCGGCUGAAGCGGGGGAUCAUCCACGCCCGGGCGCUGGUCAGGGAGUGCCUGGCAGAGACAGAGCGAAACGCCCGCACGUAACGGCAGCUGCCGCCCGGGAGCCCCCGGGACCUCCCGGUGGCGGGGGCGGGGGGGCCGCCGUGCUGCCCGAGCCCCCCCUCCCCGCGCUCUCCGCUCUUUAUAAAUGCGUGUUUUUAUAAAUAAAGGACAAUGUUGGAA